AUGACCAAUAUUAUUGAACCGGGCUUGAAGAAAAAGCUCCAGUUUGAUGACCCAACCGCCAUUGAAGAGUUGAUUCUGGAUAACAAAAAAAUUGGAGAUUUGACAAAGAUAGCACAAGGCGAAAGUGAUGGAGACUUUACGCCAUUGAGCCAGUUGGUGAAUUUGAAAGUAUUGUCCAUGAACCUCUGCAACUUGUCCUCUUUGCAAGGAUUUCCCAAAUUACCGCGUCUGCGCAAGAUCGCUCUAACUGAUAACAAAAUCACCGGAGGUCUGGAACCCUUAGCAAAUGCAGGACUCGACAACCUUAACCACCUAGACCUCAGUGGAAACAGGAUAUCAAGCAUUGAUGCCGUCAAAAAAUUGAAACAAUUACCAAAUCUCAAGCAUUUAAACCUGAUUGAUUGUCCAGUUAGUCAAAUAAAAAACUAUCGAGAAGAAAUAUUUGAAGCUAUGCCGCAGUUAGUAUCGCUUGAUGGAACAGACAUGUACGGAAACCAAUUCGAUUCUGAAGAAGAAAGUGAUUCCGAGGCGGAAGAUGACGAGGAUGAUACGGAGGCUCUACAGAACGGACAUGAUGAUGAAGAAGACGAGGAAAUUGAUACAUCGGGCGGCGAAACGACAAAAGGGCAGUCUGACGAGUCGGAAAGCGAGCAAGAGGAAGAAUUGGAAGUAAGCGAAUCUGAAAAACCGAAAUUGCCAAAUACCAUAGUUGAUAAAGGUAAGGGAGUAGCAGUCCCUUCAGAAUCCGAAGUUUCCUCCGAAGAACUUUCUGAAGAACAGUUGUCACUAUCAUAUCUAAUGGAAAAGGAACUCCCGGAGGAUUCGGAUGAGGAAGAAGAUUAUUCACCUGGUGAGGCAGAGGAAGACGAGGAGAGUGAUGUAUUAGAGGAGAUUGGUAGUGAAGAAGAUGAAGAAUGCGAACAGGUACAAGCAUCAACAAGUGCAGCUGCAGCUGGAUCAGCUGUGCCAGCUAAGCGGAAAGGGGAAGAUGGUGACGCAGAAGAGAACCGCGUAGAAAAAUCG